CUCGCUCUGAAUGAUCAAUCCGAACAAAAUGGGUGCAGACCAUAUUGCAGCGGCCAGUGAUGGCGUGACUCGUGAGAGAAACAUCGAGGCCCAGAGUGCCUUUGCUUCUACUUUGGUGGUGGAUGUUGAGAAAGCGGCUCAUCCCAAGGAAGCGCCCACUGACAGACCUCAUACCAAUGUCUAUGGAUCCACCAUUGACACUCCCACAUCUGUCGCUGGGACAGACGCCGUCUAUGCAGCUAAGGCGGCGCUUUUGAACCAGGCAAUGUUGGAUAUGGGUAUGGGAUUGUAUCAGUGGUUUCUGUUCAUCAUUACUAGUGUGGGAUGGUUUCUCGAUAGCUUCUGGCUGAUGUCUUUCACGGUCAUCGCCCCCUCCAGCGCCAAUGAAGCCCAGUUCUUUUACACCGACAACAAAGAGGCCUACCUUUUCAUCAGUCUGUACGUCGGUUUGACCACUGGCGCCACCGCCUGGCCCUGGAUGUCCGACAUGCUGGGCCGGAAGUGGAUCUUCACGAGCACCCUGGUCUUAAUGGGAAUGGGUGGUCUCGUCGGUGCCGGAAUGCCGUCUUUCACCGGACUUUGUGUCGUUGGCUUUGUUGUUGGCUUUGCAGUGGCCGGUAAUCAGGUCGUGGAUGCGAUGGUUCUGCUCGAAUCCGUUCCCGCAUCUCACCAGUUCCUUGUCUCCAUGCAGGGUGCCAUGUGGGGACUGGGCCAGCUGGUAGCAGCAGCUGUAGGAUGGGCCUUCAUCGCCGAAUACACCUGCGGCACCGGUCCCGACGAGAUCAGCACCGGCGCAGCCCUGUCCCACCAAUCCCGCGCCGAUCCCUCCAGCAGUAGCAGCAGCAGCAGCAGCUCGCAAUGCCACUACGUCUCCAACAAGGGCUGGCGCUACGUCUGGUGGACCUUUGGCUGCAUGACACUCUUCCUAUACCUGUGCCGAUUCGCCUUCCCGCUGCGCGAAACCCCCAAGUAUCUUCUCUCCAAGCGCCGCGACGCCGAAGCUACCCAGCUCGUCAAGGACAUCGCUGCCUACAGCAACCGCAAGACCUGGCUUGAGGAGUCCUCCUUUGCUCGCAUUGACUCAACCGUAGACGCCAGCGCCCCCGAGUCUCGCCGCCAAUCGCGCACCAAGUCCCUCCUGUCCUCUGCCGGUGCCAUCGGCCUCCCCGUUCUCUGUCUUCUCUGGGCCAUCACCGGGCUGACCUUUACCCUGCACAAGACCUACAUCAGCAAGUACCUCGCCACGAAGGGCGUCGAUGCGGUGUCAGCUACUUCCGUCACUACUGGAUACCUGUACAGCCGGUACCUGUACGUGGCGCUGUGCGCAAUCCCCGGCCCGAUCGUCGUGGGUCUUCUCAUUGAAGCGAAGGGACUGGGUCGCAAGCGCACGGGAUCUAUCAUCGCCGUGUUGACGGGUCUGUUCAUGUUCUUGGCUACGGUGUCGCGCUCGAGGGAUGCGCUGCUCGCGUUUGAGUGCAUUCUGUCGUUCUUGCAGACAGCGACAAUGGCGGUGCUGGUUACGUACUCGGUGGAGGUGUUUGCUGCUCCGUUCCGUGGUUUUGGUCUGGGAGUUGUGGGUUUCUGCUGGGGAAUCUUCGGAUUGAUUGCCAGUAUUAUCACGACAUUUGAAGGUGCUGUUGCCGAUGGCGCGGCAGUGUGGUUCUGCGGUGCGAUUUGGGUGAUCAUGGGUGGUGCUUGGCUGGCUGUUCCUGAGACGAAGGGUCGGGCUGCUGCUUAGAUGGGUAUUCAUUGACUUGAUGUGACAUGGAAUGAGUGAUGAGAUAUGUACUUGGGUUGAUGGCAAAUUGAGACGAUUAAUGGCAAGUUAUCAUGAAAAAAUCUAUAUACAAAGAUAUUGCG